AUGUCUCCAACUCCAUCAAUCAAGAGCUUACAGCUUGCUCCCCAGCCCACCAAAUACGAUCCCAUUGUAUUACCCAAUUCCGAGUUACUUACUGGCGCCGUCGAAUAUCCCACUCGAAAAUCAAGCCUUGCCAAUCUACCUCCUGAUAAGAAACCUACCACCAUGACUUCCAGACUCGUCCUCGUAAUUGGCGAUUUGCAUAUCCCAGAUCGAGCUAUUGAUGUUCCUCAGAAGUUCAAGAAGCUUCUCACCCCGGGAAAAAUUGGCCAGACUCUCUGUCUCGGAAACCUCACCGAUCGUCAAACCUACGACUAUCUCCGCUCAAUAACCCCCGAUCUGAAGAUCGUUCGCGGCCGCUACGAUACCGACGCUACCUCUCUUCCACUCUCCCAAGUCGUUACACAUGGCUCUCUUCGCAUUGGCUUCGUUGAAGGCUUUACCAUUGUUGCGCCCAACGAGGUUGAUUUAUUGACUGCCGAAGCCAAUAAGUUGGACGUUGAUGUAUUGUGCUGGGGAGGAACUCACAGGUUUGAUGCCUUCGAACUUGACAAUAAGUUCUUUAUCAAUCCCGGAAGUGCGACUGGUGCGAUGACUACGGGCUGGAUGGAGCCGGGUGAGGAGAUUGUUCCUAGUUUCUGUUUGAUGGAUGUCCAAGGUCUCGGUCUCACCCUCUACGUCUACCAACUGCGCACCAGCGAAAAAGGCGAAGAAUCCGUCUCCGUCGAGAAGAUCUCUUACACCAAGGUUCUCCCUCCCACCACCGCCGCCUCCAGUUCCACAUAA